GAAAAUCCCAGGCAGUACUAGCAAAGAUGGUGGAUGUCCUCUAGCUAGCUAAUAUUAGCCCAGUCGUAGUCACAGCCACUGGCUACCGUUUGUCAUUCAAUGUAACUCAAAAUGUCUGUCGCUUUUGUACCGAAAAGACAUAGAGGAAAAGCUCAGAUCAACCAAGAAACCAUCCAAAGAUUGCUGGACGAAAAUGACCAGCUGGUAAGGUGCAUCACAGAGUACAUGCAAAAAGGACGAGCAAUGGAAUGUGUACAAUAUCAACAGAUCUUGCACCGCAACAUUGUUUACCUGGGAACCAUAGCAGACGCCAGCCAAACUUGGCUCCAACCACAAACAUCCCCACCAAUGGAGAGGCACCAACAUUGACAGCCCAGAUUGGACAUAAAGCUUACAUACAUAAUGGUCAAUUUCCUCAA